AGCACGGUUUGAAUUUGAAAUUCCAACGGUUUUCAAAAAUCGUCAAGGGCAAGGAGAUGCACAAAUGUAAUAGCGCUUGUUAAAAAGUUUGUGCAGCAAUUGAAUCGUUUAAUUUAUAAGAAAAUACUGUGUGUGUGUUUUUUCAGAAAAAAUCUCUAAUGUUAUAGUAGUUAGAAUUCAAUAAAAGCAUUUUACAUGCUUUUAUAUAUUUUGUUGUGACGCUUGUAAACUUGUGCGUUCAUAGUUUACGUGUAACAAUUAGCGAUACCGUUACAAAAAUAAUCUACAAUGGCUCAGUUUAAUUAUCUCAAUGAAAUAAAUAGCUUAGCAACAAUUGACGGCCCUAUUACUCGUGGACCAGUCCAACGAUGGGCAAAGAAAUCGGGAAACGAAAACAUCAACCCCGCACUGAGUGCUUCGUUCAAGAACAAUACGAACGUGAACUUAAGUUCAUGCAACCAAUCGAUGCAGAAAUUAUCCAUUUCUGCUAAUCAAAGCUGCAAUAAUAGUGUCCUUUCAAGCAAUAAAACGCCAACAAGGAGUGAAAAUAGAAAGAAUAAGAAGUCCCCUUCAAAAAACAAGUCACCAGGCCGAUCCACCACACCUACACCUAAUAAAGCAUCAAAAACACCCAACAAAGCAGAUAGAUUUAUACCAUCCAGAAGUAAUUCGAACUAUGAUCUAUGCCACUAUAUGCUGAAUCGCGAUGAAGAGAAAAAUAAGGAAAUUGCUCAAUCUACAACUGUGGAGAACAUUAGCCGAGCACUAAAUGACACAGAGCCUGGCAAACUGCUGCAGUAUGGAUGCAAAGCCCCAGCUCCCCCCGAAGGCUACCAAAACAGACUACGAGUUGUCUACUCACAGGCGAAGGUUCCAUCAUCAGUAAAAAAUACAACUAGAUAUAUCCCUCAACUUCCAGACAGGAUACUUGAUGCCCCUGAUAUUAUUGAUGAUUAUUAUUUAAACCUGGUUGACUGGAGUGCAUCAAAUAUCUUAGCUGUGGCUCUAAACAAUGCGGUAUAUCUAUGGAAUGCCGGUACUGGACAAAUUGAGGAAUUGUUAACAUUGGAAGGCUCGAAUACUGUAUCAUCGGUAGCGUGGGUACAAGGCGGUGGAUCACAUUUGGCUGUCGGCACUUCGUCUUCCACAGUUGAGCUGUGGGAUUGUGAGAAAAUGAAGAAGUUGAGGAUAAUGGACGGACACACAGGGCGCGUGUCGUCACUAGCGUGGAACUUGUAUGUGGUGUCGAGCGGAGCUCGGGAUGGCAAGAUUGUGCACCACGACGUGAGGCAGCGGAAACAUGAUGUUGCUUCGAUACGGGCUCACUUCUUUGAGGUGUGUGGUCUGAAAUGGUCUCCCGAUGGUAAAUAUCUGGCGUCAGGUGGUAAUGACAAUCUCCUGAACAUCUGGCCUAUUGAACAAGGACAGCACUACUCUCAACCGCAGUAUUUGUACUCAUUCAACCAACACCAAGCAGCAGUGAAGGGUCUGGCGUGGUGUCCGUGGAACAGCGGUCUUCUGGCGUCCGGCGGUGGAACGGCUGACCGUACAUUGCGUAUUUGGAAUGUUAAGACUGGAACGAAUCUAGCCACGGUUGAUACUAAAUCGCAGGUGUGCUCGGUGGUGUGGAGCACGCACUACAAGGAGCUGGUGACGGGGCACGGCUACGCGCACAACCAGCUGGUGCUGUGGCGCUACCCGACCCUCGCGCGCGUGGCCGAGCUGGACGGGCACGUGGCGCGCGUGCUGCACCUGGCGCUGUCGCCCGACGGCACCACCGUGCUCUCCGCCGGCGCCGACGAGACGCUGCGAUUGUGGAAGUGCUUCAUGCUGGAUCCUUCAAAGAAGAAAGAAGCGACAGAAUCGAAAGCUGCGAAAUCGCUGCUCAAUAUGAACUCGUUGAUUAGAUAAUACAAAUAACUUAUGUUAAAUCAAUUUGCACGACUGAAAUCAUGUGAUAUAGGAUUUAAUUGUAUUAUUCAGUCAGAUCUAUUUUUAAUUUCGGUAAUUAUUGACUAUUUUACUGACGUUAUAACUUUUAUUAAUAAAAUUAUUUUUAUGACUGGUUACUGUAUGAUUAUGUUUUAAUAAUAAUUCUCCCAUCGGUAAUUUUAAGGUUUUAUAACGCAUUGAUAUAUAUAUUUGCAUGAUAUCUUGCUACGAAAUAUAUUUUCGAUGCUUUAAUUUUCGACAUUACAAGUAGAAGUUGAGGUCGUAAAAUGUAUUACGAUUUUUAUUAGUAGGUAUAAGUCUAAAUUACGGUUUUUCUACUUCCUCUAUGAAGUUACUUGUUUCUUUCUUAAACAUUUCAUUACCUCGGCUUCUUUGGUUUUACGCAUUUCCAGCGGAUUAUUAAUUUAUAAAUAUUGUAUGAAGUGGUCUAUAAGAAUAUUUUGAGUACUGUGUUAUUUUUGAAAUAAAUAAAGAUUUCCAUUUA